AACGCCACAAUCCCAAGGGUUCCAAAAGUACAAACAGAUUAAAAUUGGAAAAAUAUUAAAAAAAGCAUUCAUGCCGCGGACAUCUCCCAAAAGGCCUAAAUUGCAAGUCCGUUUUUGAAGGCUGAAAACAUCCGGAGAUCAUCUGGAGAUUUGAGGGGAUCUUUUGCCAUCUCGUGUUUGACUGUUCACUGUUUUAAUCCUGCAGCCAAUGAAGAAGUGAAGGAGCAGAGCAGAAUUUUGCCGUGGAUCGGUUCAGAAUGUCUGGGAAUAAAAUUAAGGUGGGAGAUGGAAUUUCUGUUUAUUGGGAUGAUGACAAAGCUUGGUAUCCUGGCGAGAUAGUGGAGAUUGACGAAGCGCAGGAGUUGUGUCAUAUUCAGUACGAAGAUGGGGAGCACGAACACCUUAAUCUCAAAGACCCAGAUGUGAAAUUUAGGGUUGGGAAAAAUUGGAGGAGUGUUCUUAGGGAAAAAAAAAGAAAGAAUGGCAAGGAGCCGGUUCUCAAAGCUGUUGCAGAUAUUCUAUUUGAUGUGGAGGACAGGCUUCCACCAAAAGGAGUGAUCACGAAUCGCAUGCAGUGGUGGAACCGAUGGCAUAGUUCUGUUUCAGAAGCUGUUCAAAGUGGAAGCAUUCAGGAUAUUGCCAAGGCCACACAUGAAAUUGCUCUCCAAGUAAAGAAAAAUAUCACCACCCCUUGGUGGUUCUCUAAUCAAGUUGAGUGGAAGAAACGGGCAAAAACAGCAUCUACAGUGUCUGAUAUGGACUUGUUGGUGAAGGAUUUACGAAGUAAGGUUGUGGAUUGGUCGGCUGCAAGGCGACUCUGGGAAGAUGGUAAUUCACAAUUUGAACAGGAACAAAAUGUGGGGACUUUGCAGAGUAUCGACCCAGGGGAGACAACAAACAAAAAAGAUAUCUAUGAAUCAAAUAACUCAUCCAAUGGUGAGAGUAGAUUUAUGGUUGGUAGAACUGCCAGUAAAAGGUUGGAGGAAAGUAGGAGAAAGGCAGAACAGAUAAUACAGUUCAACAGUAGCGGCAUAAACAAUGUUGCUGUGAAGCACCAGGAUGAUGAGAACGGAGUGAAGCAAAGACACUUAGAAGAAUGUGAGGCGAAGAGAGUGCAUAGAAGGCAAUGCAUGGAAAGAAAAACAGAAGGUGGUAAUUAUAAGCGUCACAAUGGCAGGAGUCUUUUGGAAUUAAAAAAUCUGUCUGUUUGUGAAGAUCAGAAAUUUCUCACUAAAGAAGAGGUAAAUGAUGUAAAAGAAAAUAAUAGUAAUGUAAUUAAUGAUUUUGAGCUGAGAAGUGAGGAUGAAAUGAAUCAUGGGAAAGAAAGCAUAUCUAAAGGAGAGAGGAGUGAUAAAAUUAACAACAUGAUCCAACAUGCAAACCAAAGUGCAGAGAAUUUUGAUGUGAUAGCAGAGGAGAAAUCCAUCAGGUCAAUGGAAAGAGAGACACUUUUAACUAAAGAUGAUGAUGGAAACAACUUAGAUGCAUCUGAACAUUUGAAGAAACCUUGUCAAGCUACAAAGGGGAAGAAACCAACCACCUAUGAUGAAAAGGACAAACAUGAUGUCUCCAUUACAAAAAAUGUAUGCAUUAUGCCAAAUUCAAUCCAAGAUAAAGGGCAACUUAGUGUUCCUAAAGUAAGUGAACAUGAAAGGAAGGCAAGCCCUCAACGAAUUGACAAUAAUGUCAAUGCUGAGCAAGAUCAUAUGUCUAUGAAGAGGGAGCACGAUACCAUGAGUUCUUCAUCAAAUACUCUUCAAAUUCUAGAACACAACACUAAUGUAAUGGCUGACAGUUGCAGUGAGUUUGUUUGUGAGCAAAAAUGUUCUACAACUAAACCUCAAGAAUUGCGCAGGUCUCUGCGAAUUGAGGUGAAAUCUUCCCCAAAACAGGAAGAAAGCAAUGGUAAGGCCUUAAAAAAUAAGUUGUUGCAGGCGAAAUAUUCUUUAAAGCCAGAUCUUUUAGCAAAGAAUGAAUGUGAAGAUAGUUGUCACUUGAUAAGAAAUGAGUUAUAUGAGAACAAGAAUCAUUGCGAGAAGUUGGAUUUAAUGCCCCUCAAACAGAAUGCAUCCAGGUCCAGUGCUAGAAACAAGUUAAGACAAUCCAAAUCCUUAUCAAAGCAAGAUUCUCAUGAAAGCACCAUAGCUGAAGACAGUCAUAAUAUGGAGGGAAAAAUAUUAUUUCCUAAUGCUAAGCAUGAUGACGAGAAUUUAAAUUUCAAAUUUCCUAUGCAGGAUACACUUGAUGUCAAGGCUGAAAAGAAUUUGGGGCAGCCACAGAAGGUUUUGCGUUCGAGAAAGUUAACAUCUUUUCAUAAUAAUGCUGCUGAAUGCCAGGGUUUGAUUGCUGGUUUCAAGCCCGAUGCUUCAGAAACUGAGGUUUCUGGUCACAAUUCUGCUUGUUCAAGAGAUGGUCCUCUUUUUGCUAAGAUACCAGCUUCUGGAAAACGGAAAAGGACAUGUGUCCAGAAAUAUUUAGCUGAUAAAUCUUCAUCAGGAAACAGAAAACAGUGGAAGAUUCAUUGGAACAAUGAUUUAAAAAUGCUCGGCACAAGUAGGAUGGAAGAUGCUAGUACUCCUAGUGAUAUGGAAAACCGAAAGGAGAAAUGUGAGAACAUUGAAUUUUCAUCAGUAAUUGAAGAUAUGGGAACAUUAUCUGAAUUGCAUGAUCACAGUAAAGCAUCUGGUUUAAAUUCCAGCACAAAUCCACAGGAUAAUGAAUUGGAUCAUAUGAGCGCGAAUCUCGUUUGCUCUAUCUGCCAGUUUGGAGGAGCUGAAAACUUCUUACUACUCUGCGAUGGAAAGAGAUGCUCUUGUUCUAUCCACACUUUUUGUUUACACCCUCCUCUGUUGAAGGUCCCAGAUGGAGAUUGGUUUUGCCCUUAUUGCAAAGAAUCACUGCCAGUGUAUUUGAGAAGGGACAAGAAGGGUAGCAGCCUUUAUCCACCAAAGAAAAUUGAAAAGAUCUUAGGCCGAAGGCAAGUACAAGUUGGAACUGAACAAAGUGAAAUGCAGCUUCAGUAUUUAGUGAAAUGGGUCUCCCUUUCACACCAUUAUGAUACUUGGGUUCCUGAGACUUGGGCUGUACAUCAUGAUCGUGCACGUGUUCUCAACUUUCAACGGAGGUUCCCACUCAGUGGUGGAUCUGCACAAAUCUAUGUUGAUGAACGAAAGCCAGAUUGGUUGAAAAUUGACCGUGUUAUAGCAUGCCGAGAAAAGGCACUUGGCAGUGAUAGUUCAUGUAAGAUUGAAAAGGCCAAUAUAUCAAGCUCAGAGAAAAAUGGGAAAUAUGAAUUUCUUGUGAAGUGGACGGGUCUUGAUUAUUGCGAUGCAACAUGGGAAGAUAGUUGCAGUGAAGAGUUACUGGGAAGUGCUGAUAAGCUUGUCGAAAGACAUCAGCAAGCGAAUGAUAGUGUUGCAGUUGACAGUGGGCAUCCUUUUUCGGUGAGGAUGAAGGAACAACCAAGCUAUCUGACGGGUGGGGUCCUCCAUGAUUACCAGUUACAGGGAGUGAAAUGGCUACUAAACAAUUUUGAACACAGGAGAAAUGUUAUUCUCGCAGAUGAGAUGGGCCUCGGAAAAACAAUACAAGCCAUAGCUUUUAUUGUUUGCAUGAAGAAGGAGCAACUUAACAGCAAACCAGUUCUAAUAAUUGCUCCAAAAAGUACACUUCCUGGGUGGGAUCAGGAAUUUCGGCAGUGGGCAUCGGAUUUGAAUGUGAUUCUAUAUCAGGGUGACAAAGAAUCACGUUCCUGUAUACGGGAGCACGAGUUCUACACGCCUAAAAAUAUGGUGCUGUUUGACGUGUUGGUUACUAGUUUUGAACUAGCAAUGAUUGAUAACUCCAUUCUGCAGAAGUUUAAGUGGUCAAGCAUCAUUGUUGAUGAGGGUCAUCGGAUUAAAAAUUUUCGUUCUAAACUUGGCAUUCUUCUUAAGCAACAAUCAACAGAUUUUCGAUUGCUAAUGACUGGAACUCCUCUUCAAAAUACAUUAACAGAGUUAUUUGCAUUGCUUCAUUUUCUUGAUCCAUCUGAAGUUCCAGAUCCAGAAUCUGCUGCUUGUGCAUUUUCAGAAAUUGAUAUCGACUCUGCUCAAAGUGAUAGUGAGAAAACACGUGAACAUGUUUUACGUAUUCAUGAACUUGUGCAGCCAAGGAUGUUGAGAAGGCUCAAGUCAGAGGUGUUGCGAGACAUGAUCCCUGGGAAACGAUUGGUUGAAGUGUCUUGUGCUCUUGCCAUCCCUCAGAGACGAUUGUAUGUGAACCUUAUAAAAAAAAAUUACAAGGAGUUGAACAAAGGCAUUCAUAAUGGAAGAAAGAGAAGCUUAAAUAACCUCCUAGUCGACUUGAAGAUGUGUUGCAAUCAUCCAUAUCUUUUUCCUGGACAAGAACCAUGCCAUAUGUCUGGAGAGAAAGCUUUCAAACUGUUGGUUGAAGCAUCUGGAAAGUUUCAACUAUUAGAAAAGUUGCUUCCACGAUUGAAACAAGGCGGACAUCGUGUACUACUGUUCUCACAAAUGACAAAGAUGCUUGAUAUAUUGGAGGACUUCAUGAGCUUUCUAGGGCUUUCAUAUUGCCGAAUUGAUGGGAAAACUUCAUCAUCUGAAAGACAACAAAGGAUCAAAAACUUUAAUAGCACAGGCAGCACAAUAUUUGCUUUUCUUAUUUCAACUCGGGCUGGUGGCCUUGGGAUCAAUUUGCCGAGUGCCGAUACAGUCAUUAUAUAUGAUCCAGAUUUCAACCCUUUUGUGGAUCUACAAGCUCAAUCGCGGGCCCACAGGAUUGGCCAAGAGAAAACUGUGAUUGUAUAUCAACUGAUAACAAAAUGUUCAGUUGAGGAGAAAAUAUUGCAACGAUCAAGAAGAAAACUGGCCAUGGAGAAUCUGGUUAUGAAUUCUGUUAAGAAUGAAACAGUUAAGGAAUUGCAUGAUAUAUUGAUCCAUGGGGCAAAGAAUAUUCUUGAUGAACAUGGGAUUGCAGCUACAUCUAUUCAAUAUACAGAGGAAGAUAUAGAAAUUCUUCUUAAUAGAGAGAUUAAUGUGAGAGAAAAGGACAUUUCAGAAGAAAAUGGUUAUCUUGGUGCCAUCCAAGGUAUGCCCAUUACUGAGGAUGAAGAUACAAAGCCCACGGUUAACGGGAAAGAGUGGGAAGAGCUUCUUGGACCCAUGACAGAAGUUACAGACAAGGAGGAAGAGCUAGGAAGGGGAAAGCGGCAAAGGAAAGAAAUUAGAUAUGCAUUGGAGCCCAUGUCAGAUGAUGAUGAUGAAUACUCACCAUCUGCUAGUAGCUCAAGUAGUGACAGAAGCUCUUCAGUGUGCAUGUACACUGACACAAAAGUUUCAGAUAGAGAAGUAACAAGUGCUGUAGAAUUAUCCACAGAGCAAUGUGAAAUGAAACCUCAAAUUGGCUCAUUUGCAGGCAAAGAAUCUGGUCAUGCACUUCAUUCCAGCACCACAAAUAUGUCAAUUACGAAUGCCUAUUCAUCAAUGGCCUUGCAUUUACGGGAUUUGGGAAGCCAGGUUACUCACGUUGGGCAUGACCCCUCAGCAUCCUUAUCGAAGUAUGUCUCCGUUGGGCUCAAGGAGGGUUGUGGCCAGAGCCUGAAGCAACAAAUACUGUCUUUACCAUUAACAGAACACUCUUUAAACAAUAGAGACAAAAUAAGUGGGAGCCCUUGUACACCUAAUAAGGGUUUAAUGGUAAGUGCAAUUGGACUGGACAUAGGAGAAACAAGUCAUUUCCUUGCAAGGAAAAAUUCUGGAGGAAACAGAGAUAAGCUUUUUGAAAAUCAGACACACAAAUAUUCACCUUUGUACAUUAAUGAUCUUAACAAAACAAAGAGAAGUUCAUUGCCAACUUUGGCAAGACAGUCUCACUCUUCAUUAUACAACACAGAGCAGCCCUCUAUAGUCCAAGGUUUUAGUUCAGCUGACAAGUGGAGAGCUUCUCACGAUAUUGAUCUCUUUCAUACAGAAGUUCCUGUAUCAUCUCAAGGUUCUCAAAAAGACCAGCUCACUGGAGGUCCAAGAAUAGAUCCGCUGAUUUCCCAAAUUGACAAAAGGGUAGAUGCAAUUUUGGAAAGAGUAUCCCAAUUGCAGAGAAAUGGAAAUCCCGAGUAUAAAGUUAUUGCAGAUCCAAUGGGUGCAUCUCCCUCACUAACAAAUAUAAAUACUUCCAGACAGAAUUUAGAUGGAGACUGUCGGUUCCCAUACAUGCCCCAGUCGAGCAGAUGAACCAGAUGUUACCUGAAUAAAGAGAUAAUGGUUUAUGGCAAAGCAUCUUUAUGAUCCCAGUUGCAAACAGUUACUACUGUAAUUUAAGCAGCUUGCCAGCUACUUCUGUAAGGAUUUCUGUAAUAUAUCAUGUCUUCAUGCAAGUACAUGCCAAUUUUUGUAAACAUAUUCUGUUGUAAAGGUUUAGUGGGCAAUAUCAAAGAAAAGGUGCUUGCAUGUAUUAUUUAAAAUAUGAAUUAGGAAAGCAUUUUUUUCCAAUUACAUGGCAGACAUGCCAAGAGUCACUUUUGUCUGUAUCAAUGGGCAGCAAGAUGAGGGAAGAAAUAUUUGUAAAGUGGCACUACAAAUGUUACUGUCCAAUACUGUUUGGAGUGUUAUAUUCUUCUCCUGAUUGUAAUAAAAAACACAAAACGUAGAACACAGCAAAUAUCUGGGACAUUUAUUUGCUAUAAUCGUAUGUCAAUUUCAGUUCAAUGCCUAUUGAUGGUAUUUUCAAGGUGUAACUGCUGUGGUAUUUUAGAAUGGUGUUAUGACUGAAAUUUAUGAGCAGA